UUCUUUUUUCUGUGGUCUUUUUGGUCUUUGGUCUUUGCGGUUGUUGUGCUUUUUUUACUGACCUUAGUCUUUCGUUCGUUGCGUUCUGGUUGAUCCGUCGAUCCCAUUCGCCCAUCCUCAUAUUCCGAGGGUAAAGACCGAAGCGAGUAUAUAUACUAGAGAAUCGCAAAUCCCACCAUGAGAUUCGAGAUGGCAUCCUCGCGCGCAUUCGCGCUCCUCUGUCUCCUCGCCGGCGCCGAAGCCGCCCAUCACAACAACCAUGCACACAACCGCAUCCACAACGACGGAAAAGUGAAGGAGUCGCUUGUCAAGAAGUCUGGAAAAUGCAAAUUUCCCUCCGAUGCCGGGUUGGUCGCCGUCACUCCAGGCGCUGUCAAUGAGGGUUGGGCUAUGAGUCCGGAUGAGUCGUGUACUCCGGGCAACUAUUGUCCGUACGCUUGUCCUCCGGGACAGAUGUCUAUGCAAUGGGACCCUAAGGCUACUUCGUACUCGUAUCCGAUGUCGAUGAAUGGCGGUCUCUAUUGCGAUGAGGACGGAGAAAUCCAGAAGCCAUUCCCCGACAGGGCUUACUGUCAGGACGGAACUGGUGCCGUGAGUGUCCAGAACAAGUGCAGGUCGCCAGUCUCCUUCUGCCAAACAGUGCUUCCCGGGAACGAAGCCAUGUUAAUCCCGACCUUGGUCAACGAGUUGGCCACUCUCGCUGUACCAGACCCUGACUAUUGGUGUGAGACCUCCGCUCACUUCUAUAUCAACCCACCAGGCGUUCAAUCCGAAAUCGCUUGUGCCUGGGGCACUUCGUCCAACCCAUACGGCAACUGGUCUCCUUACGUGGUUGGCGCCAACACUGACAAAGAUGGCCGUACCUUCGUUAAGCUUGGCUGGAACCCGGUCUAUCUCGAGCCCGCUACACCUUUUCGUGACAUCGUCCCUGGCUUUGGUGCUGAGAUUCAAUGUGAAGGCGACAACUGUGAAGGGCUUCCCUGCAAGAUCGACCCGAGCAGCAACGGCGUUAAUGAAAUCACUGGCGAAACUACUACAGAUGGUGCCGGAGGUGGUUCCUUCUGUGUGGUGACCGUUCCCAAGGGCGAAAAGGCUACCGUUGUCGUUUGGGAAAAGGAUUUCAUUGGCGAUGACGAUGAUACCUCGUCGUCCACCACGGUGGCUAUUCCGACAAGCACUUCCAGUUCGACUUCCAGCACCAGCUCUUCGUCGCCAUCUACCAGCUCGUCUGUCUCCACCACCACGCAGCAAUCGGCAAGCAACACUCCCUUCCUGAGUUUGGAUCUGGGUAUCUCGAUUGGCAUGUCGACCAGCAUUCGCUCUGCAUCGGCCAGUUACACAUAUGAGCCGCAUGUUUUCAUCGAGUCGGAAACGGCUGCAGCUGUAUCUGCAACGCCUGCUGUACAGACAGCCAGUCCUACUUCUUCGACGACCCAAGACAGCACUGAAAACAGUGACAGUGGUGCAGCCACAACCACUGUUUCGCUGUUCGCUAUAAUGCUGGGUGUUUUUGUUGCUGUCUUGCAGCUGUAAGGCACCCUCCAGCAUCCGACCAUCAGAUGGCCACCCAUUCUCUUCUCCAUAUUGUCACAUUGUCCAUUCUUGACUUUCCUUGACGAUUAACGUAUCCGCACGUUGACGACCUUUGAUUUGCUUCGAUCCACUUAGUUAUAUACCUUUUUGUUCUUCUUUUCUUCUUUGGCAGCUUUUUGCUUGACAGCAUUCUUGGACGAUUCAUUGACUUGAGGAUUUGAUUUGAUUUGAUUUGAUUCUUCAGCCAGAUGGCCUUUUACCCUUUUCCCGGAUAAUUUUAAUGUUUAUAUUUUAAGAGAGUGGAGUUGCGUCUAUAAAUAUAGAGUGUGAAGCUGUGAAUGUAAUGAUGUCUAGAG